AGGUCACUGCUCGUGAUGUGGGCAGUCAUUUUGUGAUUCUGAUAAUUCCGGCACGCCUGUCUGUCAUAGCAACCGUUAACUUUACCCGUUGCCCCCUUGCUACGAAGCGAGUUCAUUUCAUUCUGAUAGCUCUGUAACACCAAAUGGCGGACGCUAGAAUUCGCCAGUUAAAAAUUAAAACGGGAAUCGUUAAAAGGUUGACAAAGGAAAAGUCUGUUUACGAGAAAGAGGUCGAGGUUGAGAAAGAGCGAAUGGCCAAGAUGAAAGAUACGGGCAAAGACGAGCACACCCUCAAACGACAGGAAGAAGUUAUCCAAGACACAGCGCAGAUGGUGCCCCAUUGCCAAAAGGGGAUAUUAGCCGCCUACAACGACCUCAAGGAAGUGUUGGAGUCUGUGCCCGAUCUUGCUGAGAAAGAAGAGUACAUCAGUGCACAGGCAGCACUGAAAGAUGCAGAACUCGCGUUGCAGGGAUAAUAAUCAUCUCCAGACUUUUUUUUUUUUUUUUUUAACAUCUGGAGGACUACAUUAUGUUGGAUACCUUUGUUUGCUUUUUGCUUAUUUAUAUAGUAUAUUCUAUCUUCCAGACACAAUCUGUGUGACAAACAUGCAUUUUUCACAAUUGUAAUUGCUGUAUAAUAAAAGUUUUUUUUUUUC